AUGGUGGUGGCAAUAGUCAUCCCCCAAUCUGCCCGUCAACCACGACGGCAGUUGCAUCAACCAGCAAGUGUUGCUGGCAAUGUUCCACGGCGUAGUCGCAGUCCACAAGGACAUCGAGGGACUGAAGCAGUUCAACAGCCUGUAUCUUCCACGAUUGCAGUUCUGAUUGAUGCUGAACUUGGUCGCUAUUUGGCGCCAGCUGUAUCUUUGGACGUUUCAAACAAGAUCAAAGGCUUACAGCGCAGAAACGCGAAAAGGGAAAAACUGCAGAAGGACAUCACAGAGCUGCGCGAAGGCCCCAAUGGUGAUUCGGCAGCAGCUUUUCUAGAUUUGGAAGAAUCUGACGCAGAGGAUCGCACUGGAUUAGCUGAGCGUGGCAUCGCGUAUGACCAAUACAACGCGAAUUUUCUGGCGAUUUAUCGCGAGAUUUUGGAUGCUCAAAUUGAAACCAAACGUUUGGAAGUAGAAAAACAAACUGCAAAUCGCAAAAGGUAUGAAGCAGUUGUGCGACAAGUGGUGAAUCAGUCUCCUGAGCAGUUUCUCAUCGAUGCCAUCGAUUCCGGCAUUGCAAUUUCAAAGGCCAAGCUGAAAGCAAAGCCUUCUGCAAAAGGACAUCAACCAACCUGGUUUGGCUGUUGA